UUGUAGCAAGUCUAAUCAUCCUACAUUUAUCUGGGGCAACCAAAAAAGGAACAGAAAAGCAAACUACUUCCGAAGGACAGAAACCAGUGCAGUGUGGAACGUGGACAAAAUAUGCAGAAGGAGGCAUCUUCACUUCUCCAAAUUACCCCAACAAGUAUCCUCCGGACAGAGAGUGUGUCUACAUUAUAGAAGCUGCUCCUAGACAAUGCAUUGAACUACACUUUGAUGAAAAAUAUUCUAUAGAGCCUUCUUGGGAGUGUAAAUUUGACCACAUUGAAGUACGAGAUGGACCUUUUGGCUUUUCCCCAAUCAUUGGACGUUUCUGUGGACAGCAAAAUCCACCUAUGAUAAAAUCCAGUGGCAGAUUCCUGUGGAUUAAAUUUUUUGCUGAUGGUGAACUGGAAUCUAUUGGGUUUUCUGCUCGGUAUAAUUUUACACCUG